UCCGUCACAUGACCUGGCGUCGCGUGGAAUCGCGCCUGGAGAGUGGUGUGGGAGGCGCUAAUGAGUUUUGGCGUCGCCUUCCUCCAGCCUUUUUGCAGCCCGUCGCCCUUUGGAAUUCUCUGUGCUCCACUUAAAAGGCUGACGCUGUGUCCUGGGAGGCCGUACGAUUAAGAUCCUGGCAAUGGCCACAAAGCCAAAGAAACGCAAGUGUGUGUUAACGGAGUCUAUUUUAAUAGACUUUCCAUAUAUUAGGCCAGGUCCUACUGAGAACUAUGCUUUCUGUACAUUGUGUCAAACUGCUUUUACUAUUGCCAGUGGUGGAAGAUCAACGGUGAAAGAGCAUUCGGCUUCCAAACGGCAUUUAAGGGCCUCCCAGUCUUGUAGUGUAAAAGAGACCCCAUUCUUUAAAACCUAUCUUCCUGAUGCUCAUGAAUUCAGUUUUGCACUUCAGGAAGGGACAUUCGCUUUCCACACAAUAAAACAUCACCAAAGCUUUUUAUCUAUGGAUUGCUCAGCAAGUUUGAUUAAAAGAUUCUAUGAAUGCAAGUUUAGUUGCUCAAAGAGUCGAUGUGAAACCAUAAUAACCGAUGUGUUAGCCAGAUGGGCAGAAGACACAGUUCUUCAAGAUAUCCACAAAGCAUCGUAUGUAACCUUGCUUACUGAUGCUUCAAACAAUGGGUGUGUUAAAUUAUUUCCUGUGCUAUUGCAGUAUGUUAUAAUAGAUACCCAACCCAUGGGUGACUGUAGUGUUCAGGUAAAAACCAAACUGGUUGAUUUUUUUCAAACAGAUGGAGAAACCACUGAAGCCUUGUCUGAAGACCUUCUCCAAGUCAUUAGAAGGGUACUUGUAGAGGACAAAAUAGUUGGCAUGUCAGCAGAUAACAUGAACACGGAUUUUGGAGGCUUAAAAAGAAAAGGCACCAAUAAUGUUGUCGUCAGCAUGAGGGAAUCUCUGAAAAGGAACGUGAUUGCUCUAGGAUGCAUAACACAUAUUGUGCACAGUUGUGCACAGUGUUCUGUCGAUAUGAUUCCAUUAGACAUUCAAGGAAUGGUUACAAAGAUUUGUGGCUUUUUUCAUACAUUCUCUGUGAGAGCUGAAUGCUUAAGAGAAUUCUGUGACUUUGUUGGCCAACAGUGGAAAGAAAUUCAGAGCUACAGCAAUGUGCAGUGGCUAGCUCUGUUGCCAUUUCUAAGAAAAGUUCUCCAACAUUAUGCAGCUUUAAAGUCUUUUUUUUUGUCUGAAGAAAAAUGUCCAGUGGUUUUGAAAAAAUGGUUCUUGGAUCCUUCCACUCUCCUUUGGUUGGAAUUUGCAAAUUCAAGUCUCUCCCUUUUUCAGGAUACUCUUAUAAAAGUUGAAAACCAGGAGGGAACUGCUGUUGAAUCUUCUGUAACUAUGAAUAAUUUCAUUCAAAAAAUAUCCGCAAGAAGAAGUGAAAAUUUCAUUCCACCCAAGGUCAAAACCAUUCUGUCUUCCCUGGAAGAGCAUGGCUCAUACACAAUAGCUUGCUUUUUCAAAGUCUCCAAUGACUUUUACACCACCGCUUUGCAAUACUUGAAUGCUUGGAGUGUUCAUUUUGAGCAUGUUGACAAAAUGGAGUGUAUUUUGCUAAAACAUAUACCGGAAAGGCAGUCGUUUGAGCAUGCGGUUCAUUUUUUCUUAAGCAAGUCAAAUUUGGUGGAUAUAAAGGAAGAUGAGUUAUUUGAUGAAAUUACAUGUUUAAAAAGCUUUGUAACAAAAGAAAAAGUACAGCAGUGGAACUCAAACUCUGACACUACUUGUGAAAGAUGGAGUCAAGUUUUUUCUCAUUUCAGUCAGAAAUCGGCAUCUUUUACACAGCUGAAAACAAUAGUUGAACUAAUGCUCUGUAUGCCUGGAAGUAGUGCCCAAAUACAAAAAGUCUUCUCCGCUAUGAACAUGAUGUUGGAAGCAGAUUACUCACAACUUAGUGUGCAGACUCUUAAGUCAAUUUUAAUGGUUCUGAUUAACUUUCCAAUGUCGUGCCAGGAGUUUGCUGUUAAACUGGCACAUAGAAAAGAUAUUCUGCAGAUGAUACAGUCAUUGGGAACAUGAUGCAAACAUAAAUUUUGCAUCGGAUGUUACUUUAUGUUUCACAGAGUGUUGGAUCAAAAGCAGGUAAUAUUUUAAUGUCUUUAAGUAGCCAUUUAAUUAAUGGAGAACUAAAGUUUACAUGGAAGGGCGAAAUUUGUUGCAAGGUUUCUCAGCAAAAAAAAAAAAAUCCGUAGACUUCAGUGUAUUGAG